CGGGGGCACGGAGGAGGAAGAGGGGAAGUGAAGAGAUGAAGAGGCCGGCUGCCCGAAAAAGGAGAGACCGAAAUGCCGCUGGAGUGUUAGUCUGAAAUGUUAGGCCGCUAUUUUUGAGAAAAAAUGUUACAUCCUGCUGAUGCUGCCAUAAAUAAUAAUAAUAUUAUACUGCUACAUAAAUACCAUUAUGGGUCAGCUGGUCUCAUCAGAAGAAGAGCUUUCUCAAGUCAAGGCUGCCAUUGGUUCUCUCCUCUAUGAUGCCAUGCUGGAAGGCGGCGCCGUACCUGAGCUCGGAGUCGUCCACCCUCUCCUCCUGGCCAAUCACGAUGAGAGCUCCGACUCCCAGGCCCGCCUCCAGGAACAGCUGCAACAGCUGCAGGGCGACAUUGGGAAAAGGGCGCCCACCUACCUGAGGGAUCUGAUUGGCCGACUGUCGACCUUCUCGGAUGAGCCCCGCCUGGCUGGCCUGGUGGGAUUAGUGGUUACCAUGGUGAUGGAUAUGGCCUACACAUCAUCAAAACAGUCAGCAGGUGUGAAAGAGAAGUCAGCGGGGUCAUCAUCAUGCCAGCAGAGAGUGCAGGAGCUGCAGGAGGUGAUGGAGGAAUACCUGAAGCGCUGCAGGAUCAACCUGAACGACAAAAACAAGCUGAUCCAGGACUCCAUGAGACUGGAGGCCCAGCUGAGCCUCAGCCUCACCCAGCUGAAGACCUGUCUGCUCGGGGGAAACUGCGACUCCAGGUCUCUGAGGCACUGGGCCAGCGGAGCAGCGUUUAACACCCAGAUGUUGGUUCACCUGGCCAGGCUUGAGGGUAAAGCUGAGCCCCUGGCUGCAAGGGCGGCGCUGGAGCAAUACAAGGAAGACCUCACACAGAUCAUACCUGCUUACAGGCGUUAUAAGUCUCACACAGUGUGUGUCGUCAAAUGCCGAGGGGGUCUUCUGGCAUCAUGUGACUCCUCCGGCGAGGCGUUAGAGGAGGGCUCCAUGACGGGACUCAAUGUGACAGACAGAGAGACGGGAAAGAGUGUGACCAUCCCUCUAUCCAGCAUGGAGACAGAGACAGGGAGAAGAAGGAGAGAUUCGGGGUCUGACAACACCUCUGCAGCUGCGUCCUCCUCCAUUAACCUAGACCUGAUCACCUCAGAUCAGUACGCCCAGGCAUACCUGGACCAUUUGUUCUCAGGUAAAGGACCUGUGGCACAGCUGGAGAACUACUUCAUCAACGCUGGUGACAAUCUGAGAACGCUAAGAACUCAACCAGGAUGUAAAACCAAGAUGGGGAUGAGCGAUGGGACAGAACAAAGUGAUGGAGCGCAUCCUGAAGGCCGGGCAGAGGGCAUAAACGCAGCACAAGGAGUGGAGGUGGGAAAAGAUGAGAAACAGGGAUGGGGAGGAAGACGAGAAGAGGCGGAGGAACGCAGGCAGAGAGAGAAUGAAAGUUUGAAGCUGAGCAUUGCGGAGACGCAGCUGGAUGAGAGCCUUGAUCACAGCCUUCACAGUGCAGCAGGUACAUGAAAACAGCAGCAAUCACAAGACGGCAGCAGUUAAACCAUCAAACUCAGCUCAGAGACAUGAAAUCUUUGUGUGAUUCAGAGAGUUUAAAGCUGAUUGCUGGAUAGGAGCUGGAUGGAAGUUUUACAGAUUUUUUUCUGCAAUGCUAAACGCUAACGCGACAAUAAACUUGUCCAA